CCGACCGGCGGGGGAGGCAAAGCAAAGCAAAGCAGAGGAACGGAAAGGACAGGAGGGGGAAUUUAGGUUGUGUCCCGUAUUUGUGGAAUAAGCAAAGACAAGACCACAGUUUCCCCCCCCUUUGACGUGAAACGAGCUCCGCUGUAACCUUCAAAAAACCGGACCUGCAUUUUGAAGACCAACUUAUUUGGACCUGUUCAAACUAAACAGAGGUUUUUGUUUUCUGGACGGAGAAUGGGAUUUAAAGAGCAUAUCUGCCUGCACUGAGUUGACAAAACAAGGGAAUAUUUUCCAAUUGGAUGAAAAAUAUCAACACUUUCCAAAAAGGGGGGGGUCAAAACUAGUAGACGCCCUUGUAACACGGUGUAUAUUAUAUGUCAAACAGGGGGGGCAACGAUGGCAUUGAGAAGCGACGGAAAGUAAGGUUUAGGUUAGCUCGCUGGUUAGCUCAGAGGCUAACUUAGCAGGCUGCUAACUAAGCCUGUGUCGCCCUCUUCCAUUCCUGGAGCAGAGGAGGGGCUGCUUGGUGGGCUUUGUAGCAUUGCAGAUCUGCCUUGCAUUUUUUUUUUUUUUUUUUUUUUUGUGGGUUGCUGCAAGAAUGGAGACUUCCAAAAAUCUGCCACAACAACUCAGGAGGAUUUCUUAAGGUACUAUCGACACAAUUUGAUUUUUUUUUUCGGAGAAGACCAGAAACUACCAGCUAACAUCAAUAUCAUCAUCCGGCCCGGGGCAAGCCAGGGUCUGCAGUUGUGACUACUUCUUUUUCGUUGUAUGCCCAGUGGGGAUAGGGUGUUAUAAAAAAAUGGGCAAGUGCUAUCCACCUCCUGGAUACUGGAUCUCCAAAUAGAAGAUCAUGAACAGGUCGAUUUUAACUCGGCAUUAGCUCCGGCUUACCCCCAAAGUCGAAGUUUUAUUAUUGUCGAGAUCUAUUGAAGGUGAGAGAACUUCUACAGGCCCCCUCUGCGCUAACUAAACAGGCCGUGGAGGUGUUCUUGAUUAUUUCCACCCCACCACCACCACCUCCUCCAUCAUCAUUCCUUCUAAACAUCCUAUAAGUCGGAGUAAUCAUGUCGGGAGAGGUGCGUUUGAAGAAGCUGGAGAAGCUGAUCCUGGACGGGCCAGCUCAGACUAAUGGCCAGUGUCUGAGUGUGGAAACGCUGCUGGAUAUCCUGGUGUGUCUCUACGAUGAGUGCAACAACUCCCCGCUCAGGAGAGAGAAGAAUAUCCUGGAGUUUUUGGACUGGGCUAAACCCUUCACUUCCAAAGUGAAGCAGAUGCGCCUGCACAAGGAAGACUUUGAGAUCCUUAAGGUGAUUGGACGAGGAGCCUUCGGAGAGGUUGCAGUGGUAAAAGUAAAAAACACUGACAAGGUAUUCGCUAUGAAGAUUCUAAACAAGUGGGAGAUGCUGAAGCGAGCGGAGACGGCGUGUUUUCGGGAGGAGCGCGAUGUGUUGGUAAACGGGGACUGCCAGUGGAUCACCACCUUGCACUACGCCUUCCAAGACGACAAUAAUCUGUACCUGGUCAUGGACUACUAUGUGGGUGGAGAUCUGCUCACUCUGCUAAGUAAGUUUGAAGACCGUCUGCCUGAAGAGAUGGCCAAGUUCUACCUGGCUGAGAUGGUGCUGGCCAUCGACUCCGUUCACCAGCUACACUACGUCCACAGGGACAUAAAACCCGACAACAUUCUGUUGGAUAUGAACGGCCACAUCCGCCUGGCUGAUUUUGGCUCCUGUCUCAAACUUAUGGAGGACGGGACGGUCCAGUCCUCGGUGGCGGUGGGGACUCCAGACUACAUCUCCCCAGAAAUCCUCCAGGCUAUGGAGGAUGGCAAAGGCAAGUACGGACCUGAGUGUGACUGGUGGUCCCUGGGCGUCUGCAUGUAUGAAAUGCUCUACGGCGAGACUCCUUUCUAUGCAGAGUCCCUGGUGGAGACCUAUGGGAAGAUCAUGAACCACAAGGAGCGAUUUCAGUUCCCACAGCAGAUAACAGAUGUUUCGGAGGAUGCAAAGGAUCUGAUUCGCCGGCUCAUUUGCAGUCGUGAGCACAGAUUGGGCCAGAACGGCAUUGAAGACUUCAAGCACCACCCAUUUUUCACUGGCAUUGAUUGGGAAAACGUUCUUACCUGUGAAGCGCCCUACAUCCCAGAAGUCAGCAGUCCUACAGAUACCUCUAACUUUGACGUGGAUGAUGACUGCCUAAAGAACUCUGAGACCAUGCCCCCUCCCUCUCACACUGCUUUCUCUGGUCACCACUUACCCUUUGUGGGUUUCACCUACACAAGUAAAUGCACCCUAUCUGACAGAGGUUGCCUGCGACAGCUGGUGGUGAGGCCGGGUAAGUCUGGUCAGGACCAGCUGGACCUGGAUGUGCAGCGCAGCCUGGAGGACAGCCUGGCCACCGAGGCCUACGAGAGGAGGAUCCGGCGACUUGAGCAAGAGAAACUAGAGCUGAGCCGCAAGCUGCAAGAGUCCACUCAGACUGUGCAGGCCUUACAGCAUCCAUCAGGCGAGGGCCCUCCCAGUGUUAACAAAGAGGGGGAGAUCAGGAGUCUGAAGAGCGAGAUCGACAUCCUCAAGAAACAGAUAGCUGACUCGGGCCAACUGGAGAAACAGCUGGAGGACGUGUCUUUGGCCCGCAGGGACCUGGAGGACUCCUCUAAACACGUCAAAACUCUGGAGAAGCAGAUGAAGAGCCUUACACAGGAGAGGGAUGACCUGCACAAGGAUGUCGUGGAGGCCAGUGAGAAGCUGAAGUCUCAAUCGAAGGAGCUAAAGGAAGCUCACAGCCAGAGAAAACUGGCCAUGCAGGAGUUCUCUGAACUCAACGAGAGACUCACAGACCUCAGGUCGGCGAAGCAGCGCCUGGCUCGCCAGUUGCGCGAUAAGGAGGAGGAGAUGGAGAGCUUAAGUCAGAAGGUGGAGGCUCUCCGCCUUGAGGUGCGAAAGGCUGAGAGGGCCAAGAAGGAGAUGGAGGCGCAGACGGAGGAGCAGUCAGCAGAAGCUCAGAAAGAGAGGAAACUGAGAGAGCGUAAUGAACAGUAUAGCCGACAGCUGGAGGAGGAGUUGGAAGGGCUUAAGUUGAAGCAGGCUGGCUCCUCUACCGUCCCGGCCUCAGCAGACCAGACCCAGGAGAUGGGACGCCUGCGGGGAGACCUGGAGAAGAAAACUCUUCUGUAUGAGGAGGAGUUAGCACGCAGAGAGGCGCAGCAUAGCACAGAGCUGAAGGCCCUGCGCAAAGAGCUGCGUGACGCUGAGAGCCAACACCUGACCCUGCAGAAAGAGAUCCUGAUGCUCAAAGACAAGCUGGACAAGACUCGCCGUGAGAGCCAAAGCGAAAGGGAAGAGUUUGAAAGCGAGUACAAGGAGAAGUAUGAGAGGGAGAGAGUCCUGCUCAUUGAAGAAAAUAAGAAGAUGUCCAGUGAGCUGGAUAAGCUGACCAGCAUGUUCGAGAAGGUGAGCGGCUCCAACAGGCAGCUGGAGGACGAGAUGAGGGAGCUGGCUGACAAAAAGGAGAGUGUAGCUCACUGGGAGGCCCAAAUCACAGAAAUCAUUCAAUGGGUGAGUGAUGAAAAGGAUGCUCGAGGCUACCUUCAGGCUCUGGCCACUAAGAUGACGGAGGAGCUGGAGGGGCUGAGAAACACCAGCCUGGGAGCGAGAGCCACGGACAUGCCGUGGAAGAUGCGGCGCUUUGCCAAGCUGGACAUGUCGGCUCGUCUGGAGCUGCAGUCGGCCUUGGAUGCCGAGAUCAGAGCCAAGCAGAGCAUCCAGGAUGAACUGAACAAGGUCAAGGCAAACAGCAUCUCCACAGAAUGUAAACUGCAGGAUGUGGAAAGCAAGAACCAGGAGCUCCUGGCUGAAAUCGACAGGCUGAAGAAAGAGACGGAGGAGCUGCGGCUACGAAGGGGCGUCAAGCACCAGGAUUCCCAGAAUUCUUUCCUGGCUUUCCUAAAUGCCCCGACCUCGGCCCUCGACCAGUUUGAUGACUCUUAUUCCUCAUCGUCAUCUUCUUUAAUUGAGUUUUGGGAAGACCGCUCGCCAUCCGUUGGCCCAGCUAGCAAAGGCAGACGUGUGGACUCUAUUGACUUCACCCCCUCCAACACUCCAUCCCGGGAAGAUGACCCUAAGUCCCACCUCAAGUCCCGCUCGCGUUCACCCUCCAUGGCUAGUGAUAUGGAGCCUAUAGAGUUGAUCGACCAUCCUCCUCGUACAGUCCAGACCCCGACCAUGCGCUCAGGAGGGUACGGGAGUAUUGGACGCUCCUCACCUAAGCCCAAAGCUCAUCAGUUUGUGGUGAAGUCAUUCAACACGCCCACUAAGUGUAACCAGUGCACAUCCCUCAUGGUGGGACUCAUACGUCAAGGCUGUACAUGUGAAGUGUGUAACUUCUCUUGCCAUGUAACAUGUGCGGACAAGGCCCCUGCUGUGUGCCCUGUGCCCCAGGACCAGACCAAGGGUCCGCUGGGUAUCGACCCUCAGAGGGGGAUUGGCACUGCGUAUGAAGGGCACGUCAGGGUGCCUAAACCAACAGGCGUGAAGAAGGGCUGGCAGAGGGCGAUGGCCGUAGUGUGUGACUUUAAACUGUUUCUCUACGAACUGGGAGAGGGAAAAGCCACGCAGCCGAGUGUAGUAGUCAGCCAAGUCAUCGAUAUGAGGGAUGAAGAGUUUUCUGUCAGUUCUGUCCUGGCCUCUGAUGUCAUCCAUGCCAGCCGCAAAGACAUCCCCUGUAUAUUCAGAGUGACAGCGUCCCAGCUCUCCCCCUCCAGCAGCCACAAGCCCUCCAUCCUGAUCCUGGCCGACAGCGAUCAGGAGAGGAACAAAUGGGUGGGCCUCCUCAACGAGCUCCAUCGCAUCCUCAAGAAGAACAAGCUCAAGGAGCGCUUUGUCUACGUCCCCAAGGAGGCCUACGACAGCACUCUGCCGCUCAUCAAGACAACACAGUCUGCUGCUAUCAUAGAUCACGAGCGUGUCGCCCUGGGCAACGAGGAAGGUCUCUUUGUCAUCCAUGUCACCAAAGACGAAAUAAUCCGGGUGGGGGACAACAAGAAGGUGCACCACAUUGACCUUAUUCUCCAGGAGCAGCUGCUGGCAGUCAUCUCCGGCAGGAACCGCCACGUCCGUCUCUUCCCUACACAGGCCCUGGACGGCCGUGAGACGGAGUCCUACAAGCUGGCUGAGACUAAGGGCUGCCAAUCCAUCGUCUCCGGUCCCGUCCGCAACGGCUCGCUCACCUGCCUCUGCGUGGCCAUGAAGAGGCAAAUCAUAUGCUACGAGGUGAAUAAGAGUAAAGCACGUCACCGCCGACUGAGGGAGCUGCAGGCUCCGGGGCCCGUUCAGUGGAUGGGUCUGCUCAGUGAGCGGCUUUAUGUGGGGUAUCAGUCUGGCUUCACACGCUACAGUGUCCACGGGGACAUGUCUCCUGUCAACCUGCUCCACAAUGAGGACCACACCCUUGCCUUCAUCCCCCAGCAGGGCCUGGAUGCCCUCUGUGCUGUGGAGAUUUCCAGCAAGGAGCUGCUGCUGUGUUUUAGUUCCAUCGGAGUGUAUGUGGACUCACAAGGCCGCAGGUCUCGUCAGCAGGAGCUGAUGUGGCCGGCGACGCCGCUUGCUGCCUGCUACAACGCCCCCUACCUGUCAGUGUACAGUGAGAAUGCUGUGGAUGUGUUUGAUGUCAACACUAUGGAGUGGAUUCAGACCAUCCCACUCAAGAAGGUGCGACCUCUGAAUGUUGAUGGCUCUCUGAACCUGCUGGGGCUGGAAACAGUCCGGCUUAUCUACUUUAGAAACAAGAUGGCAGAGGGUGAUGAGCUGGUCGUCCCGGAGACGUCAGACAACAGCAGGAAGCAGAUGGUGCGCAGCAUGAACAACAAGAGACGUUUCUCCUUCAGGGUGCCUGAGGAGGAGCGGCUUCAGCAGAGGAGAGAGAUGCUACGAGACCCAGAGAUGAGGAAUAAACUGAUCUCCAACCCCACAAAUUUCAACCAUGUGGCUCACAUGGGACCAGGAGACGGGAUCCAGAUCCUUAAAGACCUUCCCAUGAACGUCCGUGUUCAGGAGAGCCGCGCGGGCUUCAGCGGAUCCGUCAGCAUCCCCUCCAUCACCAAGAACCGUGCCGAGCCGGGCCGCUCCAUGAGCGCGAGCAGCGGACUGGGCAUACGCUCGUCCUCACAGAACGGCAGCGCUCUGCGCAGGGAGCUGUCAGGGGGGAGCUACGGAUCCAAACGGCAGACCAUGACCUCUCCCUCUGAGAGCUCCCUCUCCUCAGGCGGAGGCAUGGACUGUGGCGAUGCUCCACUCUCACAGUUUGACAGAGAGUGGCAGGCAGUCUCACCGUCGGAGAAGACCCCCGAUCUGAAAAGGGCUUUAAGGACCCUGCUUAGUAAGAUGAAGGACUCGGACUCCCCUCGUCACUCAACAGCCUCCAACAGCUCCACCUUCAGCAGUCCUCCCAGCCCGGCCUCCCCUCACAAGACAAAGUCCCUGUCCCUGGAGAGCACAGACCGGAUGGGCUGGGACACAUGAGCCUCUGCCAGCCUCUUGCCCAUACCAACCCCACCCAACCACUGAUCGACAGCACAGGACUCCAAACCCCCUCUCCCUCCCCCCCACCACCGCCUCCUCCAUGCUCUCUGAACCCCCUUACCCCUGCCCCCCCCCCCCCCCAUCACUGCCCAGAGAACUGCACCUCCUGAGGAACAUUUGUCCCACUUUACAGCCUCGAUUUGUCUCAUCGUACUUCCAAGACGGGGCAGAAACACUAAAAACAGUCUGUCGUCUGAGGGGAAUCCUGAGGGAAAUGUUAUCAAGAAUAAGUGAAAGUGUACGUGUGUGUGUGUGUGUGUGUGUGUGUGUGUGUGUGUGUGUGUGUGUGUGUGUGUGUGUGUGUGUGUGUGUGUGUGUGUGUGUGUGUGUGUGUGUGUG